UUGGAUCUUUAAAACCCCAUUAUACAGAGGUUGAUAUUGCAGCAACACGUUUAUGUGUUUUAGUUUUGUGCGCUUCGCUGUCUGCUUUUCCUGACGCACCAAUACAGUGCAUUUUUCAGCAGAGAUCAUUGUGAGAUUGAAAGUUGGGAGAAUGACAGCUCGAGUGUAUUUCUCGUUAAUUGCUGUUUUAUCGUGUCUGUUCGGAUACUUGAGCAUAACAGAAGCUACUCAUGGACAAACCAUAGCAAAGCCAGGAAAGUGUCCACCCCAAUCAUUAGGAAGAAGAUCGUGUACCAGGUCCUGUGAGAGUGACUCUAACUGUCCCAACAAUGAGAAGUGCUGCAGUAAUGGAUGUGGACGUUACUGUACGGCUCCAUAUACAGUGAAGCCGGGUCAAUGUCCCAAACCGAAGAACAUUCCACUGUGUGCUGAAAGGUGUUUCCAUGAUGGCCAGUGUCAUGCCACACAG